AUGCUUAGCUCUACGGUCUUACUUCUGACUGCAUCAUUGGCUCUGCCAAUUGAUGCCCAACGGGUAUCACGGCUAACAGUGGACUCUACUCCCACGUUGACCCUUCCAUGGGGAACAUGGGAAGGAAAGCCGUACGGCGAAGAUGGCGAGACCACUAUUUUCAAGAACGUCCGUUUCGGCCAACCUCCUACCGGCAAAUUGCGUUUUGCAGCACCAGAGUACCCUGAAGCAAUCAAAGAUCCCAAACAAGUUCAAGACAGUGCCUAUGGGCCGAGCUGUAUCCAGGCCAAGGUACCCAAAGAGAACGUGACCGUAGAACCUACAGACGACAGCAGCACUCAAUCCGAGGACUGCCUGUUCCUCGAUGUCUAUGUUCCUUCUUGGGCUCUGGAGCCAGAUUCAGGCAUCGACGAGGAUCCGCUCCCCGUUGUCGUAUGGAUCUAUGGAGGAGCAUAUAUCUUCGGCUCGAAGGAUCUCGCUUUUAACACGACGGAUGGUCUUUUCCAAGCUUACGAUGGCCAAGGCAUCCGUGAUGCGACUCAGCAGAGCGUCAUCUGGGUGACCGGAAACUACAGGAUGGGAGCGUUUGGCUUCUUGGCCGGCUCUACUAUGGAAGAAAAAGCACAGCCCAACGCGGGAUUACACGACCAACGCCUUCUCUUAGACUGGGUUCAACGAUACAUUGGUCAGGUGGGUGGAGAUAACAACACUGUGAGCGCAUGGGGCCUGUCUGCGGGCGCAGGAUCCAUCCUCCACCACCUCACCGCGUAUGGCGGGAGUAAGAAAGAGGAAACACCGCUGUUUCACCGGGCUGUUAUGUGGAGUCCUGCGUUCCAGUGGGGCUAUGAUCGUGCUGGAGCGUUGGAAGAUACCUUCCACAAGUUUGCGGACAAGGUGAAGUGUUCUGCAAAGGCGCUUGACUGUCUCCGGGAGGCCAGCACGGAUGCCUUGACUAUAGCCAACCAAAACGUCACUAACGAGGCUUUGGCACUGGGCAUGUUUCCAUUUGGUCCGGCCGUGGACGGAGACCUUGUGCCAGAGCUUCCGGCUGCUCUGUUGAGCAAGGGAAACCACAACAACUGCAGCUCGAUCAUUGUGUCUCACGACCACGACGAAGUCAGCCUAUUCCUUGCGAAAUGGGUUGAUACAAAAGAAGAAUUCAGCCAGUUUCUGAGUUAUGCCUUUCCCGGCGCCGCGCUGGCCAAUAUUCGGGAUCGAAUCGAGAAGCAAUAUCCCGCCAAACUCUUCGACUCGAAGCAGAAAAUGCGCAUGAGAAAGGUGUUGCGCGACUCAACGUUUGUCUGCAACACGCGCCAGAUCUACAACGCUUUCCACAAUGAUUCCACUGUAUACACGGCGAAAUUCGAAUUACCCCCUGCACAGCACGGCUUCGAUAUGUUCGCUCUCAUUUGGCACAGCGGCGUCGCUGUAAGCGAGUUACUCAAGAACGCAUCAGAAAAGAUUCCCGACUUCAUUCUCGACAUGUUUGAUACUAUUUGGCCCGCGUUUGCACCAAGGUUCCAAACUUACUUCGCGGGACAUGCACUCGUUGGCGAUCCCAACUACUUAAGCAGCCGCCGCGGACCACAGUGGGAGCCCGCAGUCGACGACGGCAACGAGCUGACGAAUUCGUUGAAGAUGGUAAUGUAUUAUAAUCCUGCUAAUCCUUUUUUCAAAGUGGGAGGAGACGCGCAGAACUCAAUGGAUAAUUGCGCUUUCUGGGAUGAGAUUGCGAAGGAUAUCUCCGCGCUUGAGAAGGAGUCUGUACCGCGGGUCAGCUUCAGAGAACAGCUUGAGCUACGUUGA